GUCUCCCCGGCAACGCUCCCAGCGUGCCCCGCGCCCCGCGGGUCCCGGCGGCGGCGCGGCCGGCGGGAGGUGUCUUGAUCUUCUGAGAUGUCAGCAUAACGAGUGGAUGGUCUUGUAGAUUAGUUAUACAUUAAUCUUGUCUUCUCCAUACUCAUCGUGAACGGUCCUCAUAAAAUGGAUGGUUUGGGCAACCUCCUUCCUCUUGUGGGUGAAAGUGGUGAAGCAACUAAUUCACAAGAAAUACUAAAACUUUUGAUGGAUGAAAAAAUGCGAAGUGAACACCACAAAGCAAAUUACCAAACUCUGAGGGCAGAACAUCUAAGAUUGCAAGAGGAUUAUACCAAAUCACAAGAUGAACUGAAAAGGUUGUUAGUUGAAAAACAGACUGUACAUGACAAGUUUCAGCAGCUUCUUGCUGACUUUCAAGAGCAGUUGCUGGCUAAAACACAAGAGCUGGAACAAGUGAAGCAGCAGGUGCUAACUCCUCAAAAAUUAGAACGGUUAAAAGCAAAAAUGUAUGAGGAAUUGGAGUCUCCUAUGAGAGAGCGCUAUCAGAAGCUAGAAAAUGAAGUAGAAAAAUACAGAACACUAUAUAACAAACUUCGUUAUGACCAUACCUUUCUGAAAUCAGAAUUUGAGCAUCAAAAGGAAGAACAUGCACAUAUUUUAGAAGAGAAGAAAAUAAAAUAUGAGACUGAGAUUGCAAGACUGGAUAAAGAUAAGGAAGAACUCCAUAAUCAGCUGCUUAGUGUUGAUCCCACAAGGGACAGUAAACGUGUGGAGGCACUUUCCAGAGAAAAGGCGCAACUGUGUCAGAAAUUAAAAGCCUUAGAAGCAGAAGUCGAAGAACUAAGAGCAGAAAGACACAACAGUGUUGUGCAAGCAGAAAAUAUUCAAAGAGUUCAAGCGCGACAGUUAGCUGAGAUGCAGACCAUGAUGCGAUCUCUAGAGGCAGAAAAGAAGUCUGCGGAGCUACAGGUUGAUCGCAUUGAGAAAGAACUGCAGACAAGUCAUGAGCAAAACAUUCUCUUAACUAGCAAACUCCACAAAUCUGAACGAGAAGUCAAUUCCUUAGCUGCUCAAGUAAAAGAACUUAAACAUUCACAUAAGUUGGAAGUAACAAAUGUCAAACUGGAGGCAGCAAGAACAAAGAGUGAAAUAGAAAGAGAGAGAAACAAGAUUCAAAAUGAAAUGGAUGGAUUGCUGUCUGACAAGGAAAUUCUUACUGCAGCUGUUGAACGUCAUAAAGUGCUUUUAGUAGAAAAGGAUCGGGAGCUAAUUCGUAAAGUGCAAGCUGCCAAAGAGGAAGUUUUUGACAAUAUUGCAGCCUUACAGAAUGAAAAGUUAGAACUUGAAAACAGAUUAGCUGAUCUAGAAAAGAUGAAACUGGAACAAGAUUCUUGGAGGCAAUCUGAAAAGGAUCAGUAUGAAGAGAAACUGCGUGCUGUGCAGAUGGCAGAAGAAUCUAGCAAAAAGGAACUUCAGCGUUUGCGAUUAAAAAUUCAACAGCAAGCUAUGCAGACAAAAGAGCUGGAAGAAAAGAAAUGUGAAAAUGCUAAUCUGAAACAGCAAAUAAAUGAUAUCCAACUCCAACUUGCCUCACUUUCUCAAUCAGAAAAAGAUUUGCUGGAAUCUAAUCAAAAGUUGAAGGAAAUAAUAGAGAGAUUGAAACAAGAAUGUCAGCAUGCGAGGGCUCAGGCAGAGAAAGCUCAACUGGAAACAGAGAAGACUUCAGAAUAUCAGCGUAUGGAAUGGCUGCAGGAGAAGCAUAUGCUUACUCAGCGCAUCACAGAGUAUGAAGAGAAAUACAAGCAAAUGAAGAACAAGCUAUGUCGAGCUGCUCUUGCUCAGGAAAAGGCAUGUUGUCUCUUCCUUUUUGAAUGAUCCAGCCUGUGUAAAGUUCAACUUCAUGUUGGCCAGCUAGAAUUGUUUCAAUGUUAAGAGUUUAUUUGCAAUCUACUGUAUAUAAUAACUAAAUACAUUGGGUUCUUCAAGAUUAGCACAGAAAUAGGUUGAAUGACAUGCGAAAUAAUAACAACUUUGUUAUAAUGCCAUCAAAGAUUUUGUGAGGCUUUCUUUGCGCAUACAUGUGCAUUGAUUGUUAAAGAGGUGAACCCCUUGAUAAGAGAGGAUGAUACUAGAUAAAUGAUGUUCUACUUUUCCUUGAUGGAAUAUUAAAAUUUUUUCUUCUCCUAAGCUUACUUUUUAUGAAAUAGUUUGGAAGGAAAGGCAGGUAAAACCUCAAGAUUAAUUAACAGUGUUAUGCAUUGAACAUAGGUUAUGAAACCUACCAGUAUCUUUUAAGGUCAUGGAAAGUUAAGAUCAAUAUGAGAAAAAAACCCAAACAACAAAAAACCCAACAAAAAACAAACCAAAAAAACAAAAAAAAGGAAGCAUACUUUUUUGGUUAUGCUUAUACACAUUUCUAGGUGGUCAUUUAAAGGAUGACUUUUGUGAUUCUCAGAUACCGUUAAUGUUUGUUAGUACAGCUGGUCACUGACUAACAAGUGAGUGGCAGCUGUGCCUCUUUCAUUCCCAGCUAUGAAUCAUUUUCCAUCUCUUCUGCUUCCCAACAUGGCAGUCUAAGCACCUUCAAACAACACAGCAUCUCUCCUUAAAGAAGGAAAAUCCUAUCAAGUGUCACAGCUUGAAACCACAUACAGUUUAGAUUUAAUUUUUACAGGAUCUAAUCUAUUAAGGUAUUACUUAGCUUUUUGAAACAUCUGUUUGACAGAGAAAGACUCUCAAUGACAAUAAACAAAGGAGGAUGCAUGAGAAAAUAGAACUUUUGGAAGCCAAGAUGGAAGAACUAGAAAAGGAAAA